UCUCUUCUCUUUACAUUCGUAUCUCUAUCUCGAUUUCAGAUUUGUCGGACAUAGAUAGAUGAAUAGUGUGGUUGGAAGAUUUUGGAGAUAUACAUAUACUCGCUACUCGAGUUUCUUUUUGAUACUUAGCCUACGUCUUUAUCUCAGAUUCUCAGUCUCGUUUUCAAGAGAUUUUUCAAUAUGGCUUUACGAGUUGCACAAGUCUGUGGCAUCUGGUUCUGGCUGGCCUUCGCCUUCUUCCUCUUCGUCAUCUUCCACCAAUCCAACCUCGUGCUCCCCAACCCCAACCUAGACUCUCCCUCCCAAUUCCCCUCAUCCAUCUCCCCCAAACCCCUCACCAUCCAACAACGCAUCUCGCGCUCCGAAUCCGCCUGGCGCACCUCCGUCUCGCUCCGCCACGAAAUGGCCUCCCACCACCCCAAAUACCCACACAUCCCUCUCUUCCCCGCUCAAAAACUCUCCGACUUUUCCAAAACCCCUUACACCCUCUGGGACUUCUUCCCCGCAACCUGGACCUGUCCGCACGAUAUCCAGCGCGUAGGCCGUCUCGGGGACGGUGGAAAAUGGGUUUGCGGCAUGAGUCUCUAUGAAAAACACCGCCCUUCUUCAUCUUCUUCCGCAUCCACCAUCUCCUCCUCCUCCCAAACCACAAACCCAGACGAAAGCGGCAUAACCAUCUACAGCUUCGGCGUCAACGACGAAUCCACCUUCGAAGCCGAGAUGCUCUCUCGCAUCCCCAGCGCCCAAAUCCACGCCUACGAUUUCUCCGUUUCGAAAUUCGGGCCCCAGCUCUCCUCCUCCUUCGCCUCGCGCGCACACUUCCACAAAUACGGGUUGGGAGCGAAAGAUAUCCCCUCGCGCACGCCUCCCUUCUACACGCUACACACGCUCAUGAAACAGAAUAAUCAUUCGUACAUCGACAUACUGAAGAUUGAUAUCGAAGGGUCCGAGUACACCGCGCUGGAUGCGUUUAUGGAUUUUCAUGAUGAGGGGGGGAGUGGGGAUGGGAAGUUACCCAUCGGACAGGUCAUGAUCGAGUUGCAUUUGGUGGAUGAUGAACAUGUGCAUUUUGAACGCUUUACGAAGUGGUGGGAGCGAUUGGAGAAAUUCGGUAUGAGACCUACGUGGUUCGAGACGAAUUUGUUGGCGGUGACGCUGGGUGAGGGGAAGACGGAUCCCAGGUGUGUGGAGUAUGUGUGGGUUAAUGUGAAAGAUGAGAGGAGUGUUUUGUUAGGGGAGUAAAAGCUUGGAUUUGGGGGUGUAAGAAUGUCCUAGAGAUAUAUAUUUUCUUUUUUUUACCUUCUGUGGGUAUCUGACCCUGGUUUGGGAUUUGGAAGAGGCGACUGGAUUGGGACUUUUGGUAUAUAUGGGUAUGGAUGAGUCUGGCUGACUGAUCAAGACAGCAAGAGGUAUGCUUGUAAAUGAGAUGUAUAUUAUGAUAUAGAAUCUAUCUAUUUGUAAUAGAUCUGCUAAAAUGCGUGCCUUGACAACAUUAAAGAGUUUCCAAGCCAUGAUAUGUCAUCCAAAAAUAUAAA